AUUGCUAUUGUUCAAGAUGGCGGAUUGGGUAAGAGCUCAAGGAUGCUAAUACGUUGUAAAUGUGUUUAUCCCGUUUAUUUCGCCUUACUGGGCACUCUGUUGUGGCACUUAUGCUACAUCUUUUUCGAUUUGCAACCGUAAUUGAUGUGCACUUCUUGCCAAAUUGGAGGGAUUUGCUUCCAGGCCGUAUUAUUUUUACAUUCGCACGGGAAAGUUGAGUAUCGUUUGAAAAUGAAAAGACAAGCCGAGCGUGACUCGAGUCCUGCAAGAGCAAUACCAAAGCGAAUACGGGAAAGGGAACGAGAAGAGAGUCGUAGAGAUGAUGGGCCCACGCCGCUUGCUGUGUCGCUUGCGGACACCAGAUGUUAUCACAAGCAUCAGGCGCGGAGCCGGAGCAGGGAGCGAGAGAAGCCAAGGCUGCGGGAGGAGAGGGGUGCCGUCGGGGAUUUGCUCCAUCGUACUCAUCAUGAAAUUGGAUUACUCGGUCGCCCACCCCUGCGAACUACAUCCGUGGUGGGUAAAUCGUCAGCCGAAUUGUUAGGCAGCCGGACAGCAGCCGGCCUGGAAUACAAAACAUUACUGAUUAGCAACCUUGGCUCACAGUUGUCUGACGAGCAUGUGGAAGACGGAUUAUUUCACGAGUUUAAAAAGUUUGGAGAUGUCAGUGUGAAGCUGUCGCACACUCCGGAGCUGGGUCGUGUUGCCUACGUGAAUUUCAGACACACAGAGAACGCCCGCGAAGCCAGGCACAUGAAAGCCAGGUUAGUGUUGUAUGACCGCCCCCUCAAAGUAGAGCCCAUGUACAUGAGACGACGCAGCUGCACGCCUCCUGAUGUUGGGUAUGUGCCCCUACAUAGCGUGUACCAGUACAGACAGAGGUCCCUCUCCCCCGGGGCAGGUGUUAGCAGCAUUAGAGAAGCAAGAUCCCGACAUUACCCAGCAGCAGAUGGGUUGGGCCUCAGUAGGGAGCGUGAGCGGGUCUUGGAUUACUACAACGUGUUGGACGAACGAGGCCGGCCCUACACCUACCAGGUUCCAGAGGAGGACUUAAAGCCAGAGGAUGACCAACGCGCCACCAGAAACCUUUUCAUCGGGAAUUUGGAGCACAGCGUGUCAGAGGUGGAGUUGAGGCAAGGCUUUGACAAAUAUGGCAUCAUAGAGGAAGUGGUGAUAAAACGACCGGCGCGUGGGCAGGGCGGGGCCUACGCCUUCCUCAAGUUCCAGAACCUAGACAUGGCACAUCGGGCUAAAGUCGCCAUGCAGGGACGCAUCAUCGGAGGCAACGCCGUCAAGAUCGGCUACGGCAAAGCCAACCCCACCACGCGGCUGUGGGUCGGGGGGCUCGGGCCGAACAUUUCUCUCGCCGCGCUGGCUCGUGAGUUUGACCGCUUUGGCAGUAUCCGCACCAUCGACUAUGUGAAAGGUGACAACUUCGCCUAUGUUCAGUACGAGAGCCUCGACGCAGCGCAAGCUGCCUGCACUCAGAUGAGGGGGUUCCCCCUGGGUGGGCCCAGCCGACGGCUCCGUGUGGACUUUGCAAAGGCUGAGGAUUCUCCUCGUGGAUACCCUCAGCAGUACCAGCCACCACUGGCUGCCCUCCCAGCCCAUUAUGAGCUCCUCACAGAUGGCUACAGCCACCACCGUAGCUUGGAGCGAGAGCUGAGGGCACGCGGCGGGCACUCUCCCACUCAUCCACUGUUUGCGGAAAGGGAGCAGCGUCCCCUGGUGGCCGAGCAGCAAGACUGGAGUCCCCCCAAAAACGUGGAGAGGCGGACGGCAUCGCUGGAAGUAUUUGGGCGCACCCGCGCCGCACGCAGCAGAAGCCGCAGCAGGGAACGCUGGCUGAAGGAGCGGGACGUGGAGCGUGGUGGAGGAGCUGGGAAGAGCUGGGAAGAGAGACGGAAACGCUGCAGUCGGUCCAGCGAGAGGCCCUCUGACGACCGGGGACGCUCCAAAACCAGAGCUGCAGGAGGAGGCAGCGGUGGCCCGGUGUCACCGGAGGACAGCCCGGAGCGAGCGUGCACACGGCUCCCAGAUUCCACCUCCGAGCCUCAGGAAGAGUCACCACCUGAAGGGGGGCUCCAUUCUCCAAACAUCAGCCAGGAGCCGUCACAUGACACACACACGAAAAAACAUCCCACACCGAUUGAACAGAGGCAGUGUGUCGGGGGGCGAGAGACUGAUGCCGAUUCGCAGACGGAAAAGAAACAGAAGCCCGUGGGCACACUACUCGAGCUUGCCCAGUCCCUGAGUCAGGUGUGGCACGGCUCACUGGUGUUGAAGAACAGCUGCUUCCCCACUCACAUGCACCUGCUGGAGGGGAGCUCCAUCUUUGCCCUGACCUUGCUGCGGGACCCUGCCGUCAGCAGCAACAGCAAGCCCACUACCAGCACCGGCCAGCUGAAGAUCGCCCAGCGCCUGAGGCUGGACCAGCCCAAGCUGGACGAGGUGAUGCGGCGCAUUCAUCUGGGUGGACCCGAGGGCUACACUGUGCUGCUCGCCCUGCAAGCCCCCAUGGAGAAAGAGCCCCCCCCUACUGAACCCGGCCUACAGAAACGCCUGCUGAGAAACCUGGUGACGUACCUCCGAAACAAACAGGCGGCCGGCGUUAUCAGCCUGCCGCUGGGAGGGGUGAAAGAGCACGAGGGAGGAGGAGGCAUGUUGUACGCUUUCCCACCGUGUGACUUUUCCCAGCAGUACCUGAAAAGUGCCGUCAGGAUGGCAGGCAAGGUGGAGGAGGAACACCUGGUCAUUGUCAUUGUGAAAGAUACUAUUUAACAAUAUUGUUUCUUGCUAGUUUUUUUUUUUUUUUUUUUAGGUGGACAAAACUCUUGAGCCAUGAGAAACCCAGGCAGACAGGCAGUGUGUCCUUGUCUUUCUGAGAAGCCCACAGUCCUGGCAGAAGGCUCUACCUGCCCUUCGACACGGUCCCAAAACGGCCCAAAACACGGUUACAUUUUACAAGACUGACAGCUGUUUGCAGACUGUAGUGAACAUGGUGAUUUGGAUAACCUCACAUGUUUUUAGAAAAAGCCAACAGAAACGCUGUGUUUUAAUUUUUACCCUUUUUUUAAAUUAGUGGUCCAUUACAUGAUAUGUCUUAAAAUGUAAAAGUUGUAUUUUCUAAUGCAUGCAAGGGGGCAUUUUUGCAAUGGAUAUUUUUGAUUGAUCCAGUUUUAAUGGAUGUCUGUCUGUCAGGAAGUGACUGAUGUGAACAUUUUUUUUCUUCUUGAUCUAAUUAAUGUUCCUAGAUCACUCUGUGACACACCCACACACAAUUUGACUCCUGUUUAACUUCCCUGACUUCUUUUGAUUGUAUGUUUGUACUGUCUGCUUCUGGGGCAACAAGAAACUGUUGAAGCAAUCUUUAAGUAGACAGGCAAGGGAUUUAGUCUAAAAAGGCCCUUAUCUACCUCUGCAAUGUUGUAUUGGUGUAAUCAUUCUUCAAGCAAAGGCAGGAACAACAAGACUUUCUACUUUAGUUACCUUAACUCUCGGGCCUUUUCGUGUCCAAUAUUACAUCAAACAUUCAGUGGCAUUAGUGAUAAUGUCUGCCUCCACCGUAUCCUGCUGAUGUAAUCUGGCCAGAGACAGAAAGACAGAAAAGGAACAACACUCUUUCUUACUCCCCCUUUGAGCGCUCAUAACCUGAAUUGUCUUCUAUCUGCAUCAAUCUUUAUCACAGCUAUGAUCAAGGACAGCAUUAGUACAAGUUAAAAUACUUUUGAAACUACACUACACUCUUAUACAAGUGGGUAUAAUUCAUAGGAAAACAAGACUGUGGAUGAAUUAUACACCCCUCCAGUGUAAAAGAGGUUUUGCUCUAAAAUUUACACUAAACAGAUUCCUCGGUCUUGUUGCACAAAAUGUUUAUUCAAACCUGUUCUCAUUUAACUAUAAUUGUCGAACUCUACAAAGGGAAGAUGUCACACUCCUUUUUAAUAUAUCAGGUAGUUUGUUAUUUAAAAGUCAUUAUAAACUGUAUGCUGUAUGCAAAAUGUUAAGUAAACACGUUAUGUCCUUGUGUAAA